AUGGAACUUCGAUGGCUGAUCCUCUCCCUCUUCUUCACAACAUGUCUGGCAGCUGAAAACAGUACAAAACCGUGGGGAUACGUAUGGAACAGCAGUCACCCGUACUGGAAUGACGAAAUCAAACCAUGCGCCGAGACUUGGAUGCCAAUGUGCUACGAGUAUAUCGAAGGCGAAGCCACCGUACCAAUACUUUGCGAAUGCGGCCAGGACCAUUACGAAAAUGACUUUCUCAUUGCUUUCGCGCAAUGCAUAGCCAAAGAAAAGCCAGAGAAUUCCGAAAUAGGUUUCCAGGGAUUGCAGUGGGACUGCUCUCAACAAGGGUUGUCAGUCAACAUGACCAAGAGAGAGUUUAUGCGGAUUGCCGAGGGGGGCGAAGUAUUUCCCACAACCUCGUCGAGUUUAUCUACCGGUGCGAUUGCCGGUAUUGCUGUCGGCGCCAUUGCGGCAGGAGCAGCAGCUAUCGGUACUCUUAUCUGUCUUUGGCUACAGCGUCGAAAGAAGAACGGGGCCAAGCUUGAGUCGAAUCCACCCAGUUCCCCAAAGCCUGAGAACUCAUGGGCUACCGAGUUUAAACCCGAAUGGACUGCCAACGCACCAGUAGAGUUGCCACCAACCAACUAUGCAGCAGCCGAGUUGCCGCCGGAGUCUGCACCUAUAUACGAGAUGGACGCGAUGCCGAAAAAGCCUGUAGAGAUGCCAGGAUCGAUACCAGAUACGAAGGAGGAAGAGAAAAAAGAGAAACCAGUGGAUCAAGAGGGUCAAGGAGUCUAA